AUGUUCUGGUGGUGGGAUGCUGAGUAUUGGCUGCCACGUGGCGUCUCUUGGGCAGAUAUGUACAACAAAACGACGGAACCGGGUUUUAUGUAUCCACACUACUCACACUUAUGGAUGACAGUUCUUACCGGUAUUUCACUUAUUAUCUAUCGCCUCGUCUUUGAAAACUACGUCUUCGUUCCACUUGCCUAUUUUCUCAGCAGAAAAAAUCCACCAGAGACUCGACAAGGAGUACUUGAUCGUGAGAAGAAGUACACUCGAAUGGCGGAAUGUGCAAUGCGAGCUCUCUACUACACACUAUCCUUCUGCUCCGGAUUGUACCUUGUGUCCAACGAGUCGCACUUCUAUGACAUCACAGAAUGCUGGAGGAAAUGGCCGUUCCACCCGAUCCCAACCACCAUCGCAUGGUAUUAUUGGAUUCAGGGAGGAUUCUACAUCUCGCUCGUCUUUGGAAUCCUCUUCCUCGAUGCUAAACGAAGUGACUUCUGGCAAAUGCUUGUCCACCAUUUCAUCACUUUGGCACUGGUUGGAAUCUCAUGGAUCAUGAACAUGUCCCGCGUGGGUACUCUUAUCUUGGUCAGCCACGACGCUGUUGAUAUCUUAAUCGAUGUCGGGAAAAUUUUGCGUUACGAGCAACUCGACACCGCCUUGGCUAUCUGCUUUGCCGGAGUUCUCAUCGUAUGGGUUGCCACUCGCCUCGUCUACUACCCAUUCUGGAUCAUUCGAUCGGUUUGGUUCGACGCCCCGGCUUUGAUUCAGGACGAUUAUGAGUGGUUGAACUUCAGCCAGCAACCACAGGCUCCACGAUUCAUCAUGUUCCUUUUGACGGCUCUUCUAGUUCUUCACAUCUUCUGGGCUUAUAUUCUCUUCAAGAUCGCAUACGACACUGUCAAAUACGGAGUGGUCGACGACGUCCGUGAAGACUUCGACGAGAACUCUGCUGUGAACCGUGAGAAAGCCAAGAAUCAAGAAAAGAGCAAGGAUGAUUAG